CCUGCCCCGGGACUGGCGGGGCCGGGGAGCUCAGUGCCCAAGUCGCCCCGGGGUGGCAGUUCCCGUUAACCUUAGCCACAAAGUCAAAGACGGCCGGGCAGGGAGCCGCUGUGCUGAUGUCGAGGGGCCUCCGGGGAUGGAGAGUGGCCUGGCUGGCGACAGCAGCACAGGAGAUGUGCUGGUCAUGAAGAUCAAGCAAGAGAAGCCAGAGUGGCUGCUGCAGACGCUGGGGCCACAGGCCGCGCUUUCCCAGAAGGAUAAGGAGAACAUUUUCCGGCAGCGUCGGAGCCUCCCACUAUGCCAGACCGUGGGGAAGCCUCGAGCCUGGGGGGGACAGGAGGAGACUGGGGGUCCAAGGUGGGCCCCUCCCCUCGAGCAGGACGGCGGGCCGGCAGGCCGGGCUCCGGGGGUGACCCCCAGCCCCCUGUGCCCCGCUCUUUCUGCCGGUGAGGGUCACUUCGUGUGCCCGGACUGCGGGAAGAGGUUCAGCUGGUGGUCGACCUUGAAGAUCCACCAGCGCACCCACACCGGCGAGAAGCCGUACCCGUGCGGCAAGUGCGGCAAGAGCUUCAGCCAGAAGCCCAACCUGGCGCGCCACCAGCGGCACCACACGGGCGAGCGGCCCUUCUGCUGCCCCGAGUGCGCUCGGCGCUUUAGCCAGAAGCAGCACCUGCUCAAGCACCAGAAGACCCACUCCCGGCCCGCCACCCACCCGUGCCCCGAGUGCGAGCGCUGCUUCCGCCACCAGGUGGGCCUCCGCAUCCACCAGCGCGCGCACGCCCGGGACCGCCAGGGCACCCGCGCUGGGCUGCAGACGCUGCUCCGGGACGCCACGGCCCACCGGGGCUGUCGCCCGCGGCCGGGGCCCCGGCGGGGGCGCCCCGAGUGGGCCUGGCUGGGGCUCUGCCAGAGCUGGUGGCGCCAGCCCGGGGCCCGGACCGCCGCCCCCGCCGAGCCGCGCCAGUUCAUCUGCAACGAGUGCGGCAAGAGCUUCUCGUGGUGGUCGUCGCUGAACAUCCACCAGCGCAUCCACACGGGCGAGCGGCCCUACCCGUGCCCGGAGUGCGGGCGCCGCUUCAGCCAGAAGCCCAACCUGACGCGCCACCUGCGCAACCACACGGGCGAGCGGCCGCACCCCUGCGCGCACUGCGGCCGCAGCUUCCGCCAGAAGCAGCACCUGCUCAAGCACCAGCGCACGCACCUGCCCGGCGCCCCGGCCGCGCCACGCCCCAGCCGCGCCGCGCUGCCCCACCAGCAGGCCCACGCCGCCGCCGCCGCCGCCGCCGAGCCGCCCGCCCAGGGCGCCCCCGGCCUGUUGCCGCCGCCGCCGCCGCCGCCGUCGCACGGCCCCUCGCCGGCCCAGGGGCCCGGGGACGUGCCGUGGGGCCGGGCGCGGGCGGGCGGGCCGGGCGAGCCGCGCCAGUUCAUCUGCAACGAGUGCGGCAAGAGCUUCUCGUGGUGGUCGGCGCUCACCAUCCACCAGCGCAUCCACACGGGCGAGCGGCCCUACCCGUGCCCAGAGUGCGGGCGCCGCUUCAGCCAGAAGCCCAACCUGACGCGCCACCGGCGCAACCACACGGGCGAGCGGCCCUACCUGUGUGCCUCCUGCGGCCGCGGCUUCCGCCAGAAGCAGCACCUGCUCAAGCACCAGCGCGUUCACCGGGGCGCCCUGGCGCCCACCCCCAGCGCCAAGGGCGCGGCGCUCUAAGGGGCCUGGACCCAAGCAGACCCAUGGGCGGGAUGGGAUGCUUGCGUGGUGCGUGUGGGGAAUGACCAGGAAUGGUGGCUUUUAGAACCCCCGGGGGUAAGACCCUAUCAAAAGGUGCUUUCUUCAAGGCUAUCAGACCUGAGAACAGAAUUCCACAAGCAUCCCAAAACGGGGGCCAGGAAAAGUCCCGGGAAGGGCUGAGGGAGGAGGUAAGAUCAGACAUCCUCACCCUGGAGCCUGGAUGUGUCUGUGAUGGUUGAGGCCCGUCUGUGUCCUUCCUUGGAGGUGGGACGGCAGCCCUCGGGCAUUGAGUGCGGGGGCUGUCGACGGCCCUGGGCGAGGCUCCCUGGGUGAGAUGGCGCAGGUCUGGACUGGUCAGCUGUGGCACCAGCCAGCUGCGCUCAGCUGCCAGAUAGCCCAGGGGCGUCCCUGUGGGGGAGUCUCAACAGACUGAGUGCCCAGAUGGGAGCUGGGGCUGGGGAGGGGCACGCCUAUGCCCGUGCGAGGCCAGUGCUGAGCACUUAAUGGCUACUCAAGACAUGUUUUUGGAAGGAGGGAAUGGUUUGAUGGUCCUCAGCACCAAGUGCCCUGCUGCCCAGGGUGCUGUGGUGGCCGGCUUGACCCUAGGACUGGUGUGUGUGUGUGUGUGUGUGAUGGUCAGGGGCUGGGACUGGGGGGCGGGGGUGGUCUCAGCUGGGGUUUGGUACCUUGGGGAGGGACCUGCAGCAGGAGAGCAGCGAAUGUGCUGCCCUGACUCGGUGGGCACUGCCCGGGAUCCCUAUCAACGCCGGUGUUGCAGAAGAGAGAAAUGAAGGAUUGAUUGUCUCAUGUGGUCUCCUUUCUAAGCCACCCUUCCUGUUCUCUGGGUCCUUGUGUGCUUGGAGGGAUCCAUUUGCCCCAGGACGAGGGCAGGGAGCUUUGGCCAUGAGCACAGCCAGUCCCCAUGGCCAGUUCUUGCUGGGGGUGGAGGGCAGUAUUCUCUCCCCUGUUCCCUCUCCAAGACAAUCUGAUCACUUCCCACAUACCCCCCUUGACCUCUAGCCCCUCAAAAGUCACCCCUCGUACCCUUCCAAAAGCAGGGUCGGCUGGGGCCCUAGUGCUAGCAGAAGAGCCCGGGACUCCAGCCCGGCUGUAGCCUUGGACCAUGUCUUCCCACAGGAGGGGAGGGGAUUGCAGAGGGCGUGGGUAUCGGGGUACCAGGGUUGGAUAGCUGGGAAGUGAGAGGAAAAAGGGGAACACUAGGGUGAUUCUGUAGGAGGAGAAACUGUGCCUUCCUGCCUCCAAGGGCCCGCCUGGUUCUCCCUUGAACUCAGAGAAGUGUUAUCUUCUCCAGGAGCUGUGCGGUCACCCUGGCUUCCGUUCACCCCUCUUCUCAGGUUUUGUUUAAUCCCUUUCAUCUGGCAGGAGCUCGAAGUGCUGUAGCAUCACAAAAAGACAUAUGGAGGGGCUUCCCUGGUGGCUCAGUGGUUGAGAGUCCGCCUGCCGAUGC